AUACUUGAAGGUCUAUGCCCAAUUUGUUCAGAAUACAGUUAAUGUGGACGGUAUUUUCAGCAUCCAUAAUUUUUUAAUAAUUUACCACCAAUGUCUGCCAUGUGAAGAAGGCGUGUCAUGCAGGAGUUCUUGCCCCCUUGGGCAGAGGUCAAGGUUACACUCAAGGUCAAAUAACCAAAAUAUAUUGAGCAGCAGCCAAUUGUAUAAAUAUGGAUAAAUCUUAUCCAGCGGAUAACUUUUGGUUAUCUUCAAUUUUAGGAUAUCUUUUUUGGUUAGCGAUUGUAUAAAAAAUAGUUAUCCAAAUCGGUUCACGUUCUGGUUAAGUUUUGGAUAAGAUUUAGCCAAGAUAUUUGACGUCGGUUAUCUUUAUCCAAAUGACGAACGCGCUAACAAAAUGGCUGACUUUGACAUACCGAACGCUAGACGACCAAGACAAUUUCGACGAAUAGACAGAUUUACGGAAACUGACGACCCUGAAGAAAUACGACGACGAUUUAGAUUUACACCUGACAGCAUUGACCGCAUAGAACGACUGAUCGGACAUGGACUUGAGAGACCAACUGGACGGAAUCAACCCUUGACACCGAGGCAGCAAAUAUUGAUAACACUGAGAUUUUUUGCUUCUGGAAAUUUUUUGCAAUUAAUAGGGGAUACUUUUGGGGUGGACAUUGCCACGGUUUCAAGGGUAGUGACCAGAGUAACUGACGAACUGUGUGACCUGAAAGACCAAACAAUUAAAUUCCCGACGACGGACAGACAUAAAUCAAUUAUUAAACAGAAUUUUUUCAAAAUCGAUGGAUUUCCGUCUGUAAUUGCGGCGAUCGACGGAACGCACGUUCGCAUCAUUGCUCCCCAUGAACACGAGGAGCAAUAUGUGAACAGAAAGCACUAUCACAGUGUCAAUGUACAGGCAACGUGCGACCAUCGAGGUGUAUUCACCAGCAUAAAUGCCACAUGGCCUGGAAGUACUCAUGAUGCUCAUGUUUUCAGAACCUCAGUACUAUCUGAUUAUUUGGGUGCCCAUCAUCAUGCUAUAGGCAACGACGGAAGUGGCGGUAACGGAGGCGGCGGUUGCGACGGCGGUGGUGGAGUCCUCGGAGGAGGAUCCCGGGGAGUCGCGGCAGUGGGCCGUGGCCAACAGACCGGCAGCGUGUCGACUCACUUCCGGUUACUUCACUUUCGGUGACGUCUGUUGAUGUGAGGAGCCAGACUACACUAAUAUAGAACAGAUAUCGGUAUUUCAUGAAGUGUAUAAAGGCGAUUUAUUAACUACCUGCGCAGAUGUAUCCUGGGUGAAAGAAGUUAUAUUGACUGACUUGGGCAACAGAUUAGUCAACUGCAUGUUAUAACUUAUGUUUUGUAUAUGCCGGUAGUGACUGUAAUUAUUAUUUGAUUUCAUACCCAUUUACAAUACCGUACUUUGUAACUUCAAUUUUGUUAAUAAAUAGGCAUCUGAACAAUACAAAAUUACAAAUAAAAACAAUAUUUAUAGUU